GUGAGGAGGUUCUGGCUGACCCAGUCUGCACACAACAGGAAGGCUCUCAUUGUGCCACUCAUUAGCCUUUCAGAAUGACAGACAUCGAGGAUAUCACGCCGACCAACACAGCUGACCAAAUCGUCGAUGAUGGCGAGGAGGAGGAGGAAUCCAAGGAAAUCCUGCUCAUGAAGCAGCGGGUUGAAGAAAUGGAACGGGAAGCAAACAAGUUGAGGGAGCUCCAGGCUGCUGCGGAGAAGGCUGAGCGGGCAUCGUCGUCGGAGGCCGCCGACACGAGCGUGCCAAUGGAGACCGAGGACGACAAGAAUGCCGCGGACGUCAGAAGUGUUUUCGUCGGAAACGUCGAUUACUCAGCUACGCCCGAAGAGAUACAAGCACAUUUCCAAGCAUGCGGAGUCAUCAACAGAGUCACUAUCCUCUGUGACAAGUUCACUGGUCAUCCAAAAGGCUUUGCCUACGUUGAGUUUGCUGAGGAGAGUCAUGUGGAGGCUGCGUUGGCGAUGGACAACUCCCUUUUCCGCGGCCGGUUGAUCAAGGUCACAUCCAAACGCACUAACAUCCCGGGCUUUAAUCGUGGUCGAGGUCGCGGCGGCUAUCGUGGUGGCUAUCGCGGUGGCUACAGAGGAGGUUCAUUCGGGUAUGCCCCAUACAGAGCCCGUGGCAGGUGAGCUCUUCCCCGUACCAUAUCUUUGACAUCCUGGUGACACUACCACAGAGGACGGGGGCGUGGUUUCU